AAAAAAAAAAGAUUGACUAUUUGCAUUUUCAGCCAUUAAAUAGCCAUAUCUUAGCCAUAGCCAUAGCUUACCCAAUCAUCUAUCUUGGUGGAGGUAUAUGAAAGUGGUCCCACCAUCCUUCUUUAUUUCUGAAUGUGGCCCUCAGUGGAAAGAGUGUUGACACCCCUGGUCUAUGUGAACUGCAGUAUAUAUUAAAAAAUAUCCAUGUUAAUAGAAAGCUUCAUAUAAUACCCUCUGCCCAUACUAUUUUAGGAAGGUAGAGCCCAACAGAAAAUGUUAUCUAAUGAAAUAAGAUUUCUUAGCCCAUCAUGUAGCUUAUGUCUGUCCUGAGGUCAUGUAGAUACCAUCAUGACUGCAUACAUUAGGGGCUGUGUGCUUGUCGAUGCAAAUGUACAUGUGCUCUGUUAUUUGCAUUUAGUGUGGAGAUAUAUGCAAGCAAAUCCUGUUUGAUUUGCAGCGAUGCUGUAUGUCAUGAACAGGGCUUUCAUCAUCAUAUGGGUAUUACGUUUCAGAGUUCUACUUACAUUCAGUUUACGUCUUGUCAACGUAAUAUUAAAAUCUUAAGUCCCACGGCAGUGAUACUCUUGUUACAUACAUUUGCAAUAACAUAUCUCAGUAAUUUCUGAUUUGCCUUAAUAGCUACCUCCACUAAUAAUUAUCCACAUAAGACAGUGUUCCUAUCGUAUUUAUACUUUAUAAACCCGAGGAAGCGUGCACUGACAGGACACCGUCUUCUGCUACAGCAGGGAUACAAUACUGCAUGGAUCUCACCCCUUAAAUAUAGGAUUAAAUACUAAAUAAUCAUAGCAAUCAUUAUAGUUAACUGAAGUGACCUUAUGCUAACUUUACUGCAGUCAAGAAGCUUGCUGAGAGGUUGAAACAUCCCUACAUUUCCGGAUGAUAGUGUUAAGAACAUGCUUGGAAAGAGAACAUACAGCUUUAAAUAAAAUACGGAAAAUACUACCAUAUCGGGCUCUCUCCUUCAAAAUAAGGGCACGAGCAAAUAUGACAUCGAUAUACAGGGGUUAUAUCGCGUUUAUUCGUCGUCGGCAUCUUUAAACAGUGAAUGUUAGCUUUAUCUGUUGCAAACAGACUUGAAAAUGUUGAUUUCGUGUUGAAACCAGAAGUUGUAGCCGGACUUGGACCCUUAUUUUGACAAUGGCGAGGCGGCUUUUCCCUGAGUCCCACACAGCGCUCGUUCGUCAGAGAAGACGCUCUUCUGAUGUCACCGAGCCCCGGGGGCGACACCAGUCCGCCGCUAUAUAUUCGUCCCGGCUCGGUGGAUGAAGACAGCGAACUGAAUCAGAAACGAGAUCAAGCAAACAAACAUCGACAGACAACAUGGUGAAGAUCACUUUUCAGCCUGUGUCGGCGCAGAAGCCGGAAAAAGAGGGCGAUGAAGACAAGAUCAUCAUACCUCAGGCUCACGAGCAGCUGGUUCUUCCUGUUGGGUCCAAGAAGCCUUUUCCAGUGGCCCUCUGCUGCCUUACCUUUGGCCUGGUGGUCUUCAUGUCAGGACUUGUUCUGGCCUCUAUCUACGCCUACCGAUACUACUUCAUACCUCAGCAGAUCCCAGAGGACAGCUUGUUCCACUGCCGGGUCAUCUAUGAGGACUCUGUGUAUGCUCCACUGAGGGGCCGCCUGGAAUUGGAGGAGAAUGUGGGCAUCUACCUUGAUGAUAACUAUGAACAGAUCAGCGUACCUGUGCCACACUUUGGAGGCAGUGACCCCGCUGACAUCAUCCAUGACUUUCAGAGGGGCCUCACAGCUUACUACGAUAUUGCCUUGGACAAAUGCUACAUCACUGAGCUGAACACCACCCUGGUGAUGCCUCCUCGGAACCUGUGGGAGCUGCUUGUCAAUGUCAAGAGAGGAACGUACCUUCCUCAGACUUACAUCGUCCAGGAGGAGAUGGUGGUGACCGGGAGGGUGAGGAGCAUGAGGCAGCUGGGACCCUUCAUCCACAGGCUUUGCUAUGGCAAAGAAACCUACCGCCUCAGACGCCGUAACCAGCGCAGACGUAUCGAGAGGCGCGAGACUAAGAAGUGUCACAGCAUCCGUCACUUCGAGAACACGUUUGUGGUUGAGACCGUCAUCUGUGAUAGGGUUUAAAUCUGAGCCGGAAAUCACAGCCAUCCAACCCUGAAGCCAACUUAAAACCAUACCUCUUGAAUUCUUUAGGCUUUUAAAUGCACUUUAAGAUCAAGUUUUGCCCACUAGUUGUCAUGUCUGUCUUUUUGUGUUUGUUUUGUUGUCUCUAGUUUUAAAUAAUCUUUAACUGUUAAUGUCUUUUUUAAUUCAGAUAGUCUGUAUAUUUGGCUGAUGUUAUAAAUGUUGUAAUAUCUCUGUGGAUUGUCAAUUGUGCAUAAGAUUUUAAUGUUCUAGUGUGUCCAUUUGUGGCGUUUUCACCUCAAAACUUGAUUUUGUUUAAUUUUAUACUUCAUCUAUUCUUAUUUUCGUUCAUUGACAGUGCACUUGGCUGAAGCUGCUUGCACUUUGCACUUAUGUUACUUUUUGUUUCUUUGUUAUUUUGUUUUGAAUGUCAGAAAAUGGCCAAACAUACCUCAUGCAGUUUACUCUUUUUUUUUUUUUUUGCUAGUUUAUAUCAUUACUGAAUGGUGUAGAUAACUGAUUGUUCUGAAGCAAUAUCUACUGUAAAUUAAUUUUGAACAUACUGCAACUUACAUAGAUUUUUAUCUGAAAUCGACUUGUUUUGUGAAUGUUUAUUUCUUCAUAGUUUGUCUUCUUAUAUCAUGAUGUGUCACACUUUCCUACUCUUUUGAUCUAACGGCUUUAGACUGUAAUUAGUAGCAGUGCUUUAGAGAGACAGAAGGAACCAAAGCUUUGGUCAGAAUUGCUAUGCUAACUGUAAAAGAUGUAUGAAAUAUUUAGGAAGAAUGCUUUUACUGUAGAUGAAAUCAAAGGCUGAACUCAUUUUGUCUCACUUGGAUUUGCCUGUUGUCUUAGCUCUUGCCACUUUUCAAUCCUUCCUAUCUCAGCAUUAUAUUCUCUCUAUCUGUCGAUUCAUCCCAACUUCAACAAAAGACUUGGGGUGUCAUUCUUACGUAAAACUGGGAGCAAAUAAGUCUCUGUUAAUUGAGGCCUGUGUUAUGUACUCAUACUUCAUCAUCUAAGAACUUCAACUCUAAUGUACAGUCGAUUUUCUUGUAAUAUCUUGCUGCUUUAAGA